AUGAAACCGAGACGUGUCGGAAUGGCACGGGGUUACGAGGAAAUGGACGGUGCAAAUGUCCCACGACCACCCGGGAACACGCCAGCUGGUGGUUCCGGUUCCGGGCCAGGAGAUAGCACCAUGCCAGGGAGUCCAACAUCAACAGGUCCAACGGAUACGAUGGCUAGCGGCGGAACGAUGUUGGCCGGAGUGGCACCGGAAUUUGAGCUCGCUUCCGUGAGCGUCGUGCCGGAUGAUACGUACACCGUAACGCAGGCCGUAAAUGCGCUCGGAUUCGGUUGGUUUCAGGUGAAACUGUCCCUGUGCGUUGGGCUCUGUUGGAUGGCCGAUUCGAUGGAGAUGACCAUCCUGAGUGUGCUCGGACCGGCGUUACACUGUGACUGGGGGAUUUCGCGAUAUCAGCAAGCGCUCGUGACUACUGUCGUUUUUCUUGGCAUGAUGUUGAGCUCCACGUUUUGGGGACAUCUGAGCGAUCGGUACGGGCGUAAACCGGCAUUAACACUGUGCGGUGUGCUGCUGUUCCUGUACGGAUUGCUGAGUUCCGUUGCACCGAGUUUUGGCUGGUUGCUGUUGCUGCGUGGUCUCGUUGGAUUCGCGAUCGGAUGCGUGCCACAAUCGGUGACACUUUACGCCGAAUUUCUGCCCACGAAGCAGCGUGCCAAAUGCGUCGUGCUGUUGGAUUGUUUCUGGGCAUUAGGCGCGUGCUUCGAAGUGGCACUUGCCCUCGCCGUAACACCCACACUCGGCUGGCGAUGGUUGCUGGGUCUUUCCGCUGCACCGCUGUUCAUUUUCGCCAUCAUCACUCCUUGGCUUCCGGAAUCCGCUCGCUACCACGUCACCAGCGGCCAAAGCGACAAAGCCCUCAACACACUCGAACAGAUCGCGAAGGACAACCGCCGACCGAUGCUGUUGGGCCGGCUCGUUGUCGAAGGACCCAGUGGUUCACGCGGUAGCCUAAAAGCGCUGCUUGGCAGCUCGCUACGACGCACGACACUGCUGCUGUGGUUCAUCUGGAUGUCGUGCGCUUUUUGCUACUACGGGCUCGUCCUGAUGUCGACCGAGCUGUUUGGGGGCAAGAACAAAACCAUCAUCGAUGGUGCGAUGAACCCGGAAGAUGCUCACGGGACGAUCGAUUGUCAACCGUUGGCCACGACCGAUUACAUGGACUUGUUGUGGACGACGUUGGCUGAGUUUCCGGGCAUUUUCGCGACGAUCUACGUGAUCGAGAAGUUUGGGAGGAAGAAAACGAUGGCGUUGCAAUUCCUUUUCUACGCCGGGUGUGUCCUUAUGAUCACUGUCACUGAGGUGCGCGUUUUCCUCACCAUCAUUUUGUUUAUGGCGCGCGGAGUCAUCGCCGGAUUGUUCCAGGCGGCGUACGUUUACACGCCGGAAGUUUACCCGACCGCACUGCGAUCUGUGGGAGUCGGUGGUUGUUCAGCCCUGGCUAGGCUUGGUGCAAUGGCCACACCGUACAUUGCACAGGUGCUGUUCCAGUCGUCGAUCUGGAGUGCCGUCAGUGUUUACGGCAUAUUCGCAGCCAGUGCUAGUGUCGCGUGUAUGUUGCUGCCCUACGAAACGCGAGGGGCAGAUCUAGCUCAUUGA